GGGCCCCCGGGCCGGCGGCGGCGGCGCCCAUGGACGCUAACCGCCCGGGGGCGUUCGUCCUGAGCAGCGCGCCGCUGGCCGCGCUGCACAACAUGGCCGAGAUGAAGACGUCGCUGUUCCCCUACGCGCUGCAGGGCCCCGCCGGCUUCAAGGCGCCCGCCCUGGGCGGCCUGGGCGCGCAGCUGCCGCUUGGCACCCCACACGGCAUCAGCGACAUCCUGGGCCGGCCGGUGGGCGCGGCGGGCGGCGGGCUCCUGGGCGGCCUGCCGCGCCUCGGCGGGCUCCCCUCGUCGGCCGGCGUCUACUUCGGGCCCGCGGCCGCCGUGGCGCGCGGCUACCCCAAGCCCCUGGCCGAGCUGCCCGGCCGCCCGCCCAUCUUCUGGCCCGGCGUGGUGCAGGGCUCGGCCUGGAGGGACCCGCGCCUGUCCGGCCCGGCCCCCGCCGGCGGGGUCCCGGACAAGGACGGCAAGAAGAAACACUCGCGGCCGACGUUCUCGGGCCAGCAGAUCUUCGCGCUGGAGAAGACCUUCGAGCAGACCAAGUACCUGGCAGGCCCCGAGCGCGCGCGGCUGGCCUACUCGCUGGGCAUGACAGAGAGCCAGGUGAAGGUGUGGUUCCAGAACCGCCGGACCAAGUGGCGCAAGCGGCACGCAGCGGAGAUGGCUUCGGCCAAGAAGAAGCAGGACUCGGACGCGGAGAGGCUGAAGGUGGGCGGCUCGGACGCCGAGGACGACGACGAGUACAACCGGCCCCUGGACCCCAACUCGGACGACGAGAAGAUCGCGCGGCUGCUCAAGAAGCACAAGCCCGCGAGCCUGGCGCUGGUCAGCCCGUGCGGCGCGGGCGACGCGGUGUAG